ACAGCGGGGCCGAGGUGAGGCGGGAGGCCGCCCGAGCGCCCCCGGCGCCCUCACCAUGCAGAAGAGCGUGCGUUACAACGAGGGGCACGCCCUGUACCUGGCCUUCCUGGCGCGCAAGGAAGGCACCAAGCGCGGCUUCCUAAGCAAAAAGGCGGCCGAGGCGAGCCGCUGGCACGAGAAGUGGUUCGCUCUUUACCAAAAUGUGCUCUUCUACUUCGAGGGCGAGCAGAGCGGCCGCCCGGCGGGCAUGUAUCUCCUGGAAGGCUGCAGCUGCGAACGGACGCCCGCGCCACCCAGGACCGGUGCCGGCCCCGGAGGCGGCCGGGACGCGCUGGACAAGCAGUAUUAUUUUACUGUCCUUUUUGGACACGAAGGUCAGAAACCACUGGAGCUGCGCUGUGAGGAGGAGCAGGACGGCAAAGAGUGGAUGGAGGCCAUUCACCAAGCUAGUUAUGCAGACAUUUUGAUUGAGAGAGAGGUGUUAAUGCAGAAGUACAUUCAUCUAGUACAGAUUGUAGAGACAGAAAAAAUCGCAGCUAACCAACUCCGGCAUCAACUUGAAGAUCAAGAUACAGAAAUUGAAAGGCUUAAAUCAGAGAUUGUUGCCCUGAAUAAAACGAAGGAACGAAUGCGCCCUUACCAAAGCAACCAGGAAGAUGAAGACCCAGACAUCAAGAAGAUUAAAAAGGUUCAGAGCUUCAUGAGAGGAUGGCUGUGUAGAAGAAAAUGGAAGACCAUUGUGCAAGACUAUAUUUGUUCUCCACAUGCUGAAAGUAUGAGGAAGAGAAAUCAGAUUGUGUUCACCAUGGUGGAGGCAGAGUCAGAAUAUGUGCACCAGCUCUACAUCUUGGUCAAUGGGUUCCUCCGGCCCCUGCGGAUGGCAGCCAGCUCCAAGAAACCCCCCAUCAGCCAUGAUGAUGUCAGCAGCAUUUUUCUCAAUAGUGAAACAAUCAUGUUUCUUCAUGAAAUAUUUCAUCAAGGACUGAAGGCAAGGAUAGCAAAUUGGCCUACUUUAAUUUUAGCUGAUCUAUUUGAUAUUUUGCUGCCCAUGCUAAACAUUUAUCAAGAAUUUGUGCGUAAUCACCAGUACAGUCUCCAAGUACUCGCCAACUGUAAGCAAAACAGAGAUUUUGACAAACUCUUAAAACAAUAUGAAGCCAACCCUGCCUGUGAGGGGAGGAUGCUGGAAACAUUCUUGACCUACCCAAUGUUUCAGAUCCCUAGAUAUAUCAUCACGCUGCAUGAACUCCUGGCUCACACACCUCAUGAGCAUGUGGAGAGAAAAAGUCUGGAGUUUGCUAAGUCAAAACUGGAGGAACUGUCCAGGGUGAUGCAUGAUGAAGUGAGUGACACUGAAAACAUAAGGAAAAACCUUGCUAUUGAAAGAAUGAUAGUGGAGGGCUGUGAUAUUUUGCUGGACACCAGCCAAACUUUCAUCCGCCAAGGUUCUCUUAUUCAAGUACCUUCAGUUGAGAGGGGAAAACUUAGUAAAGUUCGUCUGGGUUCAUUGUCUUUGAAAAAGGAAGGAGAGAGACAGUGCUUCUUAUUUACAAAACACUUUUUAAUUUGUACAAGAAGUUCAGGAGGAAAGCUUCAUCUGCUGAAGACAGGUGGAGUUCUCUCUCUCAUAGAGUGCACGUUGAUUGAGGAGCCUGAUGCAAGUGAUGAUGACUCCAAAGGUUCUGGGCACAUGUUUGGACACCUGGAUUUUAAGAUAGUGGUGGAACCCCCUGACGCUACUCCUUUCACUGUGGUAUUGUUGGCACCUUCACGCCAGGAGAAAGCUGCCUGGAUGAGCGAUAUCAGUCAGUGUGUGGACAAUAUACGUUGUAAUGGCUUAAUGACUAUAGUGUUUGAAGAAAAUUCCAAAGUUACUGUGCCACAUAUGAUUAAGUCUGAUGCCCGUCUUCAUAAAGACGACACUGACAUCUGCUUCAGUAAAACCCUCAACUCCUGCAAAGUGCCCCAAAUCCGCUAUGCCAGUGUGGAGCGCCUCUUGGAACGACUGACUGACCUGCGGUUUUUGAGCAUUGAUUUCCUCAACACCUUCCUGCACACUUACCGUAUUUUCACCACGGCUGCUGUGGUAUUGGCAAAACUCUCUGACAUCUACAAGAGGCCUUUUACCUCCAUCCCUGUCAGGUCAUUAGAGUUGUUUUUUGCCACCAGCCAGAACAACAGAGGCGAACAUUUGGUGGAUGGAAAAUCUCCACGACUGUGUCGCAAAUUCUCUUCCCCACCACCACUGGCAGUGUCCAGAACAUCCUCCCCUGUGAGGGCCAGAAAGCUGUCCUUGACUUCUCCCUUGAACUCAAGGAUGGGAGCCUUGGACCUGACCACAUCCUCAUCUUCCAGCAGCCCUACCACCACCCAUAGCCCUGCAGCGUCCCCACCGCCACACACUGGUAAAGUACCGUUGGAUCUUAGCAGAGGCCUCUCUUCUCCAGAGCAAAGUCCGGGAUCUGUAGAAGAGAAUGUAGAUAAUCCCCGCGUGGAUCUGUGUAACAAGCUAAAACGAAGUAUCCAAAGAGCCACAGUGCUGGAGUCCACACCAUCAGAUCGAGCAGGAGUGGAAGGCUCCCCAGCAACAGAAGCCACUGAACACUCACCUUGCCGAUCUCCCUCAACUCCCCGGCACCUCCGCUACCGCCAGCCUGGAGGACAGGUAGCUGACAAUGCCCACUGCUCUGUCUCACCAGCUUCUGCUUUUGCCAUUGCCACAGCUGCAGCAGGACAUGGGAGUCCACCAGGAUUUAACAACACAGAGAGAACAUGUGACAAAGAGUUUAUCAUCCGGAGAACAGCCACCAACCGAGUCCUGAACGUUCUCCGUCACUGGGUCUCAAAGCAUGCACAGGAUUUUGAACUCAACAAUGAACUGAAGAUGAAUGUCCUAAAUUUACUAGAAGAAGUUUUGCGAGACCCAGACCUUCUUCCCCAAGAAAGGAAAGCCACAGCAAAUAUCCUGAGGGCCCUUUCACAAGAUGAUCAAGAUGACAUCCACUUAAAAUUAGAGGACAUAAUUCAAAUGACUGACUGUCCAAAGGCCGAAUGUUUUGAGACUUUAUCAGCCAUGGAGAUGGCUGAGCAGAUCACUCUCCUGGAUCACAUUGUUUUCAGAAGCAUUCCCUACGAAGAGUUUCUUGGGCAGGGGUGGAUGAAGCUGGAUAAAAAUGAAAGAACACCUUACAUUAUGAAAACCAGCCAACACUUUAAUGAUAUGAGUAACCUGGUUGCCUCCCAGAUAAUGAAUUAUGCAGAUGUCAGCUCCCGUGCCAACGCCAUUGAGAAGUGGGUGGCGGUAGCAGACAUAUGCAGAUGCCUGCACAACUACAAUGGUGUGCUCGAGAUCACCUCGGCCUUAAACAGAAGUGCCAUCUACAGGCUGAAGAAAACCUGGGCCAAGGUGUCCAAGCAGACCAAAGCACUAAUGGACAAACUUCAGAAGACUGUUUCAUCUGAAGGAAGAUUUAAAAACCUCAGAGAAACCCUUAAAAACUGCAACCCUCCAGCUGUUCCUUAUCUUGGAAUGUACUUGACAGACUUGGCAUUUAUUGAAGAAGGAACACCAAACUUUACUGAAGAAGGCUUAGUCAAUUUUUCCAAAAUGAGAAUGAUAUCACACAUUAUCCGGGAGAUACGCCAGUUCCAGCAGACUUCCUACCGCAUAGACCAUCAGCCAAAGGUCACACAGUACUUGCUGGACAAAGCUCUCAUCAUAGAUGAAGAUACACUCUAUGAACUGUCACUAAAAAUUGAACCUCGGCUCCCUGCUUGAACAUCUGGCCUUGCCCCUGAGACCAUAGCAUUUGCUUGGGAAGCAGGACAGACAGAAUUGUGCAUGCCCUGUCUAACAGGCACAGCGAGGAUUGGGGGGAGGUGAAGCCCAUCUUCCUCCUCCACUACAGAUGGAACUGGACUUCAAUUCUGUCUCCAGCCAGAGUCAAACCCAGCUGUGUGGGUCAAAGGCAGAUGUUUCAGCCUUGGGUGGGAAGGUACAGAGACCAAUGCUUAGUAUAUUUUUCCUAAGGGAAGGUAAGAUGGGAAAUGCUGGUAACCAUUUCAGUGAAGCGGGUGUGAAGGUAAAUCUCUCUCUGUCCCCUGUUCUGUUAGAACUCAGGGACAAAGACCCACAAAUAGAUUUGUGAUGUUUCACUGGCAUCUACUGGCUGGGCCACACCUGCCCAAUCUUCCGCUGGGAUGUAACUGUUUCCUCUAUACUUCCUUUCAUCCCAAGCUUCACAAAAAGCUGAAGCUUCCUCGAGAAGGCCAAUACAUAAGCAAUUUCAGUCUACGGCAUGUGCAUGGUUCCAAAUGCAUCAUAAAUAUUCAGACUUUAGGAAACAGGAAAGGAAAUCAUAGAAGACAAAUGGAUUUGUUGGUAACAUUUACUUAAUUAACAACAAUAAGCUGUAUCCCAGAAGCCAUUGUAGGGUGGCAAUGGAGGCUUCUUCCCGAGACUGGUGGUCCCAGGAAGCCAGCCCCUGAAAGAGGCAAUGGCAGAGUUUUCAGAAGGGUGCAUGACACCUCACCGACAAAACUGUGCAAGAUAGAAGGCCAAAAGCACUAUGGGGAGUGACGGGUGUCCUUGCUAAGUAAAGCUAUAUACCUGAAAUCAUCUUUGCACUUUGUUUUCUUUUCUCCUACAGGAAUCUUUUGUGACAUACACAAACCAUUUUUUAAGGCUUACUAUGAACAUGGAUUGUGGUUUUUUUUGGAAACUGUUGUGUGGCAUUUUCCUUGUAAAACCCAUACUUCCAUGUGCUACAGGUAGACAAUCUUCCUCAGCCAUCUCUUUAAGAACUAUUUGAGUGAGAACAAUGGAAGUUGGUGGGAAAUGGGACCAACCACCCAAUAGUUCUUGUAGCAGAAAACCAAAUGCAGGAAUGUGUCCUACUUCCCAAGGUUGGGGAAAUGAUCAUUUUCUCCAAGAUUGUCAGGCAUAGAAGAAAUAGGGCUCUCUCAUUGUGUACCUCCCUCCUCUCUUCUCAGGGAGACAGCUGCUUUAAAGGAAGGAAGAGAUGACAAUUUGGAAUCAUUAUUACCUGAGCCUAUUGCACCUGACAUUUUCUCUUAAGAGGCAUGAAGCUUGCUGUUGAUGGCAAUGAAAAAUGGACCUGUCUGGCUGCUUUCUCUCUUUGCACUUUUAGUUUGUGGUAGAGACCUCAGCUGAUUAAUACAUUUGGCUUGCUUGCUCUUCAGAUCCAGUUGGAGAGCUAGCAUGGAUAAUGUACCAUAGAACUAGAGAGGGCACACUUGGUCUGCACAGUGAGGUCCAUCUCUGUAUAUAACCACAUAGUGAAAUAUUAACUAAGUAAAAGAUAUUUAUAAUAUCUAAAGACCAAAAUAUUUUCCAUAGUUCAUAUUAGCCAACAGUGUAGCACUAGGCCCAAGGGAGGGAGGUUACUUAUGGAUGCUUUAUUUUUCUUCUUUUGCUUAAAAAAGUUGCUUGUUUGGCUUCUUUAGUUUCUAAUAAGAAGUUGAUGUA